AUGGCGAAAAGGGUGACUCUCUUUGAACCUCCCCCGCUAGAUUCUUCCAAAGCCCCCAUCGAAAAUGUCUUGGAGUUAACGCCUGUGAUAGAUAUUGGUCCGGAUGUCUUUACCAAUACUCGUCCUCUCUGGCACCCACCUGGCGCGCGGGGCAUCUACGGUGGUGCGGCAAUCGCCCAGUCACUCGCCGCAGCGAUGCGGACGGUUCCGUCGGAUUUCGCCGUCCACAGCAUGCACUGCUAUUUCGUCCUCGCAGGCGAUUCCGAGAUCCCCAUUCUAUACCAUGUUGAGCGAGUGCGCGAUGGCAGGAGCUUCAUCACGCGCACUGUUCAAGCCAGGCAACGCGGUCGACCGAUUUUCACCACCACCUUGAGUUUCAGCAGGGCCAACAGUGGUGGGAAGAAGAAGCUGGAGCAUGCGAAGUCAAUGCCUGUUGUCACGCUGCCAGACGAUUCUUCUGCGGAUGCACAGAGGAAGCUUUAUAACGUUGGAGGCGGGCCAUUCGAGUCGCACAAACUCGGGACUGUGAACCGGGAUUCGUCAAAGCCGGAGGAGAAGCGAAUCCGACGCUGCAUGCGCGCACGAGGAAACAUCUCCGAGGCCGGCGGCCACCACGCCCAUCUUUCCGCCCUCGCCUAUGUGACCGAUAGUUAUUUUGUCGGAACUGUAUCGCGCGUCCAUGACAUCCCUCGAUUUGCCUCCCCCGCCGAACUCAAGGCAGCCCUAAACGCACUCAAGAACCCAUCCGACUUAGAUGAUGACGAAAUCUCACGAGCGUUUAAGGAGUUGAAGGACGAAGAAGCCGCUGAAUUGCGCCGUCGGUUGGAGGGCGCCCUCAGCAAAGCCGAGGACCCGAAGAACAAACACAACCAUAAAGAGGUCGGCAUGAUGGUCAGUCUUGAUCAUUCGAUUUACUUCCACAAUCCUUGGGCGUUUCGCGCAGACGAGUGGAUGGUCACGGAGAUGGAGAGCCCUUGGGCUGGCGAGGGGAGGGGUUUGGUCCUCCAGAAUAUCUGGUCUAAAGAUGGAACAUUAAUCGCCACCUGCACGCAAGAGGGUGUUGUAAGGUUAAAACAAGAUGAGCCGCCUCGGUCAAAGAUAUAG